AGCUUGACGCGCUCAGUGGAAACUCGGCCUACUGUGUCUGAAUGCUUCUCGACAUUCGACUCGACGUGUCAACCGUUCGUGGUGUCAACUAUUCGGCGGGAAACAGCGGAACGGAAGAUAAUAUCGACAUCGUCGGCCUUUUUUUGUUGGAUAAGCAAUCAGUAGGACUUUUCUCACCACGCUGAUAAUAAACCGCAGUCAUGUACAAUUUAACGGAAGGAGCGUUGGAGAGAAUCAUGCGGGGCACGAACGUCGAGAAACCGGUGCUCCAAAUAUUGGGUUACAAAAAACUACCAAGAACCGUUAAUAAGGAUGGUGGCGCUACUGAUCGCUACAGAUUGCUAGUGUCCGAUGGACAGAGGUUAAACUCGUUCACCAUGUUGGCAACUCAAUUAAAUAAUCUUAUUACGGAUGAAAUUUUGACCGAGAAUGCAAUCUGCAGAAUAUUAAACUAUCACUUGAGUUCAGUGAACAACGGUGGCAAAGAAAAGUAUUAUUUACACCUUACUUUUUGCAUUAAAAUAAGUAAAUAAUUCAAGUGUCAAGCAUAUUUUUUUC